AUGGGGUCAGCAGAGGAGGGAGGGGAUUUUGGCCUUCAAGAGCUGCUGGAAAUAGAAGGCAUGGAGGAUGAGUUGCUGAUGCAUGAGAUGUGGACACAUUACAACAGUGAAGAUGACACAGAGGAUGAUGAUGAUGGAGGUACAGCAGCAGCAGAUGGCAGUGAAUCAGAGCAACCAAAUCACCAAGGUAACCCAGAACAACAAAACACAGAAAUAGACCACAAUUCCAAGAGGUUUAAGAUAAAAGCCAUGUUCAUGUGUGCCACAUCUAGACCUAUUAAGGACAGUGAGGGAAGGAUGAUACAUGAUGGGAAAUUUGGUAUCUACCCUUUUGUUGAGUAUGCAAGAGCUAAGUAUUCAACAAAAAACAGAAGGGCAGGUACUAUGUUGACAAAGGCAAUUGAAAGUGUUACACUACCAGUUAUGAGGGAUAUGAUAGUUAACACUAUCAUACCUGCCAUAAUGAGGAAUUGGCCAGAAGACCCACAAUUUAUUGCAGCAGCAACUCAGAAUGGAUUCAAUAUCCAACUCAUCAAUCAGCCAGCUCAGUCCCCUGACUUAAAUGUGCUAGACUUGGGGUUUUUUAGAGCAAUUCAGGCACUACAAUAUCAAUCAUUUCCUAAGAACCUAGAUGAACUGAUUUUAAGAGUGCAGGACUGUUAUGAUUUCUUUGACCCAGAAGUUUUGAAGUACACUUGGUUGCAAUUACAAUAUGUUAUGGUAGAAAUACUAAAGUGCAAAGGGGGGAACAAUUUCAAGAAUCCACACCAUGCAAAGAGAAAGUUAGAGAGAUUGGGAUUACUUCCAGAAAAUGUAACAGUGGACCAAGCUGUGAUAGAUGAGGCAGUUACAUACUUGAAUGAGAGGUUUGUGAAUGUAGGAGAAGCAUUUGACUACUUAGAUGCACAUCAAGAGUAG